AUGAAUUUUUAAAAUUAAGGUCCUUUAUUUUUAAAGUUGAAUGUUCAAGAAAAGGCUCUUAAUAAAGAUGCUGCAGAAUAAAUUCACGAAAUUUAGUAAAUUAAAAUUAUCAAAUAAUACCCUCAUAAUUACGAAUAGAAUAAUGACAAUAUUAUGUAUUUACAAUAAGCAACAUCACAACUAUAUUAUGCAAUGUUUUAAAUAAAGGAUAAAAGUAAUUUGUAGAUGAUACCAUUUGCCUUAGAGAAAUUUGAUGAAUAGAAUUGGCUCUAUAAGGCUAUUAUAAAUAUAAUUAAAGAAAAAUAAAAAUUCUUAGAUGAACUAAUGGGUGAGGAAAAAAACAAAUAUAAGCAAGUAUAAAUCAAAUGUUUAUAAUAGGCAAUUAGUUGGACCGAGAAAAUUACAGAUUAAUAAGCAGUGUUUGAUGAAUUUUAUCUGGAAAUCUUAGAAGUUUAUAAAUAAAUUAGAAGACCAUAGAAUAAUAACUUAUUAGUCUUGCAGCAAAACUAAAACACAGAUUGUAAUAAAUUUUUAUAUUCAUUUUGCUUUAUUCAAAAUUUAAAUUUAGAAUAAAAUUUACAACAAUCACUAUAAGAAAUAGAUGAUAGAAGCUUAAAUAAUCAAAGUGCAAUGUAAUUUGAGAACGUUUAAAAGAAAAAUUUGUAUCUUAAUGUUGCAUCUGACAUUCAAUAAAUAGAUAUCAACUUUUGGACAUUUUAUAUGAAAAACUACAAAGAAACCAACAAACUAAUCAUUUUAUAUCCCAUUACAAAUGAGGAGUAGUUAAAUAAUAAUAUAAGCAAUUCAGGUGAAGUAAGGCUCAAUAAUAAAAUUAAGGAAAAAUUAAAAAAUAAUACACAACAUGAAAUUAUUAUUCCAAUCAUAUGUCAUGAUUCAGUUUCAGACAAUAAAAUGAAAAUAAUUUAUAAUUCAAUCCUUGAUUAAUAGAUUAAAAGUUUCAAACCCGAUUGCAUUUAUUUAGAAUUUUUAUUAUCAAAUGAUUUUGUCUUAGAAUUACCUGCUCUAGAAUAUCUUAUUAGAAAACUAUAAAAGAGCGCAAAAUUAACUAUUCAUUUUAGAAUUAGCUAAUACUAAAACUUUUCAGAAUAUAAACUAUCAAACUAUUUGAAUGCAAUAAUUAUGGGACUCUAAGGAUUCAGACAUUCAGAGAGAAGAUUUAUAAUUGAUGAAGAAUAUAAAGGACUCGUAGAGUGGACAUUUAAAAUGAUGAAAUUGAAAGAUUACAAAAGUAAAAAUAUAAAAUAAUCAUUCCAAACUACAUUACAAUAAAUUUAAACUUACAUUUAAAAUACACAGGAAAAGAUUUUUGGAUAUAAAUAAGGAAAUGAUGAAUUUAAAUGGCUAUAGAAAGAUAAUUGUAGUAUUAAUUCUUAACAUUUGGUUUUUGAAAAUAGUAUUGUGGUUUAUGAUAAAACCAAAAAUGAAAUUUAUUAUAGUAAUUCACCUAAACUCGUGAACAAUUAGUCUGAAGGUGUUCCUUAAAAACUUUAAUUGUAUAUAUUAAAUUUAUUCUAAGAUAAGCAAUAGAGGAGAUCAAUAAUGAAAAUCUAAUAGACCCCAGUAUAAUAGAGUUAAAAAAUCAAUUGAUUUUUGCCUAUGGGCAUACUCAAAAUGGUAAUAGUUUUUCCGAUAAAAUAUGGAGAUAUGAUUUGCAAAAUAAUAAGAAGUAAGUUAUUCUAAUGUCUCGAGACGAGGAAUAUUAAUAAUUUAGACAUAAUUACUAUUAAAAAUUUAAAGAUUCAAAUGAGAUUGUAAAUAAAAUUAAAUGGAGAAGGGCUCCAUAAAUUUGUAAUAACAUUUUUUUUCAAAAUGACGAAAAUUUUUUAUCUUUCCUCCUCAUAGGAGGGGAAACUCUAGUGUUAGAUAAGGAUGGUUAAUCCAAUUCUAAUCUAAUAAUGAAUAUAAUAGAAGUUGUGAUUUUGAAUUUGCAAAAUAAUAAAUUUUGCUCUUUUCUUUUGAAUAAAUAAUCAAUAGGUAAAUUUUCUUCUUUAAAACCUUGGCCAUAUUAAACAGUUCUUGAAGGAAAUUUAAAUAACGCAUGUUGUUAUUUGAUUUUAAAUGGAAAUUAAACUAUAAAAAAAAAUUAUUACUCUUUUCCAAAGAAUCCACAAUAUCUUAAAUAAGCAUAGCUUAUAGUUUAAUCAUAAAGUUCAUUCUAACUUUUCUUCCCAAUAAUUAAAUUCACAGAAGAUUUAAUAGUAUAAAUAGACGAACUAAUUGAUGAUUGUAAAGUUUAAUAUUUUGAUGAACAGUCAAGUGGGCAAAAUUGUUUUGUAUGGAAACUGUUAAUCACUAGAUAUGUUUUCAAUUAAUUUUCACUACCAAGUCAUCCUUUAUUUAACAAAUUUGAACAAAAAUUGAAAGACAUGCAAUAAUAGAAUAUUCAGUAUUGUUUGGUGUGCUUUUAAAUUUCUGUUAAACUGAAAUUCUAAGUUUCAGAAUAAAAUCCUUAAAAUUACUAAGACUCCAUUGUAGAAUUCGAUUAUGAGAAAAUUGAGGUUUUGCCGUAUAAUAAUAAUAUCCAAUGA